AUGGUUCGUCGCAUACUGGGUGAAGCCGAGUUGAGCAAGAGACCCGUUGUGAGCGACAAGGAGUUAGGAUCUGAGGUAUCUAGGAUGCUUGUGGCAGGUUCUAAUAGUACGGCUGCGAUGUUGACGUAUGCCACCUGGGAGAUAAUACGAGAUCAACAUCUAAGGAGACGUAUUGAGGAGGAGGUAGCCUGUCUCCCAGAAGAAUUGACCGCGAAUUAUUUGGACCAUCCACCACUUCUCAAUAGUGUUCUAGAGGAGAAUCCGAGACUCUAUAACCUCGCAGCUACACUAGUGAAGAGACUUUUGCCCACAAGUGGUGUAUCUAUCUGGGAUCUCCCCGGUGGCAUAAUGGUCUGCACACCAAGAUGGCUCAUCUCGCGCCUUGAAGAAGUCUUUCCUAAUCCAAAUACGUUCGAUAGGACUAGAUUCACUAAUCCAUCCCCUGGACAGAACAGAGUGUUGAACGUGAAGGAUAUCACGGGUACGAUCACGUGA